UUUGUGUACCCGUCAGUACCCUUUGCCUCUGUCUACCCUGAUGCUGAUUACACUGGGGUUCUAGGUUGUAUUCUUGUCAGCUCUACCCAUUUCAACUGCCACCUUUUUGAAGAUUAUGAUGAUGUCAGACAUUGCUAAAGACAGAACCGCUCAUUUGCUGAAGAAGAGGGGAAGUGUGUCUUCUCUAAGUAGUCAUGAGUUCCGGCGGAAGGAACCUCAUGGGCGUGCCAAAGACUCUAUGAGUACAGUGUCUUAUAUGGAUGAACCUUGCCAGCCUGAAGAUGCCUCUCGCCUCACAGUUCACAUGGAAAACACUUACCAACUGGGUCCUACCAAAUAUUUUCCUGUGGUCAUUGUCAAUCAUAUUCUGAAAGAUGUGUUAACUACCUACCUACAAGAAGAACAGUAUGAACCGGAACUCUGUAGACAGAUGACUAAAACAAUUUCUGAGGUUAUUAAAGCCCAGGUAAAGGACUUGAUGAUCCCACGAUAUAAGCUAAUUGUGAUCGUCUACAUUGGACAACUGACGGGCCAGAGCAUACUGAUUGGAAGCAGAUGCCUUUGGGAUCCUAAAAAUGAUGCCUUUGCAUCUUUCAUUUUCAGAAAUUCUUCUCUCUUUGCUCUUGCAAAUGUCUACACAGUUUACUUUGAAUGAUUGAAAACAAAUUCUAGUUCAUACUCUUUAAAUCAAGAUAUAAGGUAUCUAUGUACACAAGUUUCACUGCCCAAACAUUAGAGAAAGACACAACACUAAUAUUUCAAACAACUGGAAGUUUGCAGACUUUUUCAUACUCUUGUAAGAAUUAGGGGAGAGAAUAUGGCACUAGAAAGAAUCUUGUUUAUCCAAAGGAGAAAUGAAGUCUUGGUUCUCCUGGAUUGUUUUUUCAUAGACAUAGAUUCUUAUUACAUAUUACUUUGGGUACUAAUUAUUUUAAUUAUGCUUUCAUUAGAGAGUUAGGAAUUUCAUUAGGAAUUAGAAUUCCCUCCAUUGUUUUUUAAUGAAGAGCUUUUUAAAAAAUAUAUGGUUAUAUACCCUGACCAAUAAAUGAUGGUAGACUAUCCAAUAUGGUAUACACAAAUGAUCAAUGUUACUAUUCUCAGUGCUGCAUAUAAAAGAAUACUGGUUUUCAUCUUGCACUUAAUAAAUUGAGCAGCAUUCAUUAACUGCAAUUUUUGUUAUACGUACCUGACAGUUGAAACUGCUGAGGUAGAAUUAAUGAUUUCAUAACAAUUAUGGUAGUCCCACGGGACUGCAAGCUAAAACUAGAAGCUCUUGUGGGCUGCCUGCACUUUACAAAAUUGUGGGAGAACUGAAUAUUAGCUCUUCAAUAAUGGAAACAACAAAUGAACAAAGGCUUUUUAGCACACUGAGGUAGAGGUUGUGAUAUUAAAUAUACAUGAUGCUUAAUGGUAAGUGUGUCUGUAACACAUAAAUUCAUGUAUUGGAAAGAGACUGCUUUUAAAUAUACACUGCCUGAUAUACCUUUCAAUAGCUUUUCCUGGGCUAACAAACUUUUACACAAAGUAUAUAGCUGGCAGCUUAACAAAUAAAACAUGUGUAUUUACUGUUUUGUUCCUAUGAAUUUAAUACUAAAGUGACCCAGUGUGGUUUUGAAUGGAUGGCACUAAAAUUUAUAGGGCUGCACUAGCUUAUUAUUCUGUGGGUUAAUGUAGCUUGUACCACGGAUCAUUUAUUUUUAUGGGGUUUCCAGCUCUUUGUAUGCAUGUAAAAUUGUGAGUGGCGUUGUUCUUGGAUGGUAAGUGGACCGCCUAGAGGACAUUUGUUAAAGGUUAAAGAGGAAUUGUACACAUAUGGAGAAAAUUAGCAACUCUAUACUCCUAAGGAAAAAAUGAUGUGUAAUUCAUAUCAAAACGAAUUUAACAAAUGGGCAAGCAGUCAGUGCUUUAUAGUUAUGUACUGAUGUCUUAUUUUUCCCUCAAGACAAUGCAUAUGUUUUAAGUGUACUUUUAAAAUCCCUUUUCUUCUCUUUGUUCUGGCGUUUAAGGUAGCAUUUCAAAAUGAAUUUGUCAGUUUUCAUUGUUUUUUUCUGUUAGUGCCUUAGUGGGAAUACUUCUGUAUAAUAAUUUAUCACAACCAAGAUUUGUCAAUCUCCAUAGCCAGUUUGGAAUCUGCAUUAGAUCAUUAAGUACAGUACGUAAAUGAAUUUUCUAUUUUCUUUGCCCAUUUAUGAAUAUCUCCCCUCUUAGAACAAUAGCAGGGGAAAUCAUACAGCAAUUUUGCAUAAAUAAAUCAUAUGAAGAAAAUUUUGUUUAGUAUGUAGGAAGUCCACUAUAAAAAUUGCCUUAUUUUUUAGUUAUAAAAUCUCAACCAUGAGGUAAUUUCUUACCACCUGUCCUAGGCUGUGUUAGGAUUCAAAACCUUACAACAUGAUGGCAGUUAAAAAGCAAAAAAGGAAGGAGUUUGCCAGCAUAUUGCCAUAUACUGUAAUUCAGAUAGUCAGUGAUGAAUUUUAGCAAUUAUAUAACAACAUAAGAACAUAUAAUAAAAGUUCACUAGUUGUGACUAUCUUGGAGGAAUGCUGGUUAGUAAAACACAGUUUUGUGAUGGGAACUUUUGAUAGAUGUGUCAGCUAACACCUCUUCCAAUCUAUAAAUGUAUCAAGUUAACAUGUUGUUCACCUUAAAUUUAUACAAUGUUGUGUCAAUUGUAUCUCAAUUUUAAAAUGAACAUUUA